AUCAGAGACUUUUUGCCCCCUGCAUCGCCACAGCUGCUUUUCAUUGCCUUUUUUCGCGGACAUAUUUUUUCCGUAUUUUUCUAACUUUGUGCACCCCACGACCGGCAAACCGACGUUUGAGGAGAUCUCCCUCCAUGAAUUGGAGGCCAUCCGCGCGUCCUUAUAGUCCGCCAAUAAACGGUUGUAUAAGUAGUCAUAUUUAGUGAUUUCUUCCGACAAAAGUUCUUUAAUCUACCUUCGUUUUAAAAAUGGCGAUAUUACGCUAUGAAACCGGAAAUGUGAGACUCCGGAAAGUGUGUAGUUAGCAGACCAAUCACAGCCUUGCGGGCUGCGUGAGGCUUGCGUAGCUUUUGACGCCUUUUGAAGUCUUGAAAAAUUGGUCGACGCAAGAGACUCUUGUGAGUCCUUGCGCUUCUCUGAAAACGCAGAACCAUACUAGGCUUUUUAAGCAACUGAUGGGCGGGUCUUCUUCUACGGCUCCUCACCCAUUGGUUAUGGGGACCAUCACCCAACGCACGUCUGACUGCUCUCUGCGGCUCGGAUAUGAUGUAACAACGUUUCACGCGUAUCGGAAGUUACAACCGUAGAGCAGAGAGAGCAACGCACACCGCCAAUCACACUGUAAAGAUACCAAACUUGUGACAGUUUGCCCUCCUCCAACAAAUGGCUUAUCCAGGAUACGGCGGGCCUCAGUACGGGGCUCCGAUGCCAGGGAUGCCCGGGCAGGGGAUGCCCGGGCAGGGGAUGCCCAUGCAGGGAAUGCCAGGGGGUCCAAUGGGAGGCCCCAUGCCCGGUCACAUGGGCGGGCCGAUGGGAGGCGCACAGCCGCAGGGAGGAUACUCCGCCUAUGGGGGGGGCUAUCCGGGCACUUACGGCGCCCCUCCCCCAGCUGCCAACGACCCAAUGUGGAGUUACUUCACUGCCAUAGCAGGCCAGGACGGAGAGAUUGACGCAGAGGAGCUCCAGAGGUGUCUGACCCAGUCUGGUUUCACUGGAAGUUACACUCCGUUCAGCCUGGAGACGUGCAGGAUCAUGAUCGCCAUGCUCGACAGGGACUUCACAGGGAAGAUGGGCUUCACCGAGUUCAAGGAGCUUUUCACGGCUCUUAACGGCUGGAAGCAGAACUUCAUGAUGUUCGACCAGGACCGGAGCGGAACGGUGGAGCCUCACGAGAUGAGUCAGGCCAUCAACACCAUGGGCUACCGCGUCAGCCCUCAGGCCCUGAAUGCAAUCAUCAAGCGCUACAACAAAGGAGGGAGGAUCUUCUUUGACGACUACGUGGCCUGCUGCGUCAAGCUGCGAGCUCUCACAGAGAACUUCAGACGGAGAGACGCCAUGAACCAGGGAUCUGUCACCUUCCAGUACGACGACUUCAUCCUGUGCACGAUGGCCAUCUAGUAUCUGCCGCGUCUCCCCGCCCCAAGAGGCUGGCACGCCCCACAAGCCAAUCACUGGUGAAUUCUGGGCCAGCGCCCCACGGAAAUGCAAAGGAAGGCCAGUAUAUUUGACUGAGUGGCCUCGAACCACAACAGGAAAGUACCCAUUGCUUGUAACGCUUGCUGUAACGCUUUAGUCUUGUUUGUCGCACACAAGAUAUAUGUGGGUGUAUAUAUAUUUAUACACACACUGUACGUUUCCAUACUGGGGAUUAAACAUAUUUUCUAUAAAGCCCAUGUGUAGGAUGAGAAAAAAUAAAGAUGUUGAAUACUUAGAACCAUUUGUAGAGUAAGUGAAAAAGGAAUCAACCAGUUUAUAUCUCCUAUUUUGAAUAUUAUGCAUGGGGUCUCUCAUUUUUGGAAAGAAACCCCCAUUGUGAAGCAAUGCUGUGAGGAUGUUCUGAUCCGUGAGGGACCUACUGUGCCAUUAUAAUCUCUGAAUGUAUGGUCAAGUAUAUUAAAACCUUUUUGUAACCGCGGUCUUGUUAAAUGUGCUGUUUAUUUUCUUUUACACUCACCAUACUGUUGCUAGUGCUUUUUCUUAUUAAUUUUUAUGUGACAAAACAUAUGAAUACGUUUUUCUAAUGUUUAACAUAAGCCAAAGGGACUGAGCCGAUACACAUUUGUUAAUAGUUGCCAUUCUGCAACUUCAUUGUUGCCUCUGUAAACACUGCAAUGUGAUCAACAUUGUAGUAAAUAUCAUAUUGUUACUCAUAAUAAACACUUUUUAAUCAGUA